AUGGGGCAGGCAGAAAGAAGAAACCAGAGCUGCUCCGGGGAAGAGUGGGCUGCCAGAGAGAGGGGGCCAGGGGGAGCAAGCCGGCAGGGCACUCGCGGUUUGAGACCGUUCCCGACUGCUGGCAGGUUCGUCGGCCUUCGCUGCUUCGUCGUGACUCGUUUAACGCCGCAGCUCCUACGCAACCGGCCAGCCCUAGAGGAGGCUGGAGCCAUUCUGGCGGCUGCGCCUGCUGCACCGAUGCCGCCACCUAGUGUGGCACAGUUGGCUUCGGCUCUGAUCGACCACUUCGGAUCACUGACCAGGGCCUACGACCACUUCGACUUCAGCCGCAAAGGACGCUUCAGCCGUGCCCAGUUCUACGCCGGCUGUGCCAGCGUCAGGUUGAAUUUUCGCACUCUGUCGGGGCUUACGGUGCGCGAGAUCUUCAAGAGAAUGGACGAUGCAAAUUUGGAGGAUCAUCCAGAAGCUCACCGUGUUGCACCCCGUGGAGAAAUUUGCCGGAUGAAGUGGAUGAACUUUUUCGAGAUGGAGUUGCAGGGCUCGGAGACGGCAGAGCUGCUGACAGCCGACAAAGGAUCCGAGGUCGAGCGGCGCCUCGAGGAGCGGCGGAAGGAGCGCGGCCUGCAGAGGGUCGGGGAGGAUUCUGCGCCGACAUCCCCGUCAGGGGCGGCCCCAGCUGGAGAAGAGACAGCUCCAACGGUUCAAACUGUCGCAGAGGUAGCUCGUGCUCGAAACGUUUUCAUGAAGAGGCUGAAAGGGAUCGCUGAAUCCGAAUCCCGCGAAGUCAAUCGAAGUGCCCAGGGAUCCGAUUCAAAAGACAGAGGGAUGCACCCAGACCGACGAAUGUCCUCAUCCAAGAAUAGGAGGACCAGUGGAACAUCUGGCAAGGGAAGUUCGGACGACGAGGACGCGGCCAUGGCGCGACAGUCCUCGGGCACUUCAUCGCAGCCCGUGCAGCCCAUGACCACUGGGCGAAGAGGAAGCUCUCAUGGAGUCGGCCGGCGUCGCAGUUCCGCCGAGCCCGUUCGCCGUCGCAGCAAGCAGCUCCGUGUCGAAACAGCGCCGAAUCUGAGCAACACACAGGAGGAUGCAUCCGCCAGCUCGUCGGAAGAUGGAUUGUCGGACGUGGAAGAGGAGGAGAAGGUGCCAGCAAAGUCCGCUCAAGAGCUCGAGGCGGAGUUCGAAGGCAAAGACGAUGAGGAGGUGAGUGAAGAAGACGGGCUGGGAGCAUUGCUGCAGCGCUCGGACGAUGCGGUGGAAGAGCGUCUGCGCAGAGUGCUUCGGAAGGGUGUCGGCACGAAGGACUUCGAGGCGAUGGAUGAGGCCGAACUCCAAGCUGUGGCUGAACAGGAGGAGAUCGCCAACGUGAUCCAGACCAUCGGGGCAUCUGGAAAGCUGGCACUUGCUUGGGUCUUCAUCAAGAAGCUGGGCUCGUUAAAGCGAGCUUUCAAGUGGUUCGACACCAGAAACACUCGCAAGAUUCCUCAAGUGGUGUGGGACACGGGCUUUACGCUGCUGCACAUCGAUGCGGAGAGGCUGACAGGAUGGAGGCCAUUCGACAUCUUCAAGCAAAUCGAUACAGAGCCCAGUGAUGGAACCAUCUCAUACAAGGAGUGGAAUAGCUUCUUCGCGGAUGCUGCCAAGACGAUCGCCUUGGAGAUGGAAUCGCUUGGUGGAAUUGACUUCGAGCAGCAGGUGAAGUUGCGGCGCCACAAUCUGAAGAUGAUGAGGGACAAGCGAAGGAAGAACGGCAACAGAGCGGAGGAUUCGUGGCUGGACGAUCUGCAAGAAAAGCAGGCCAUGAAGCAGCAAGAAGAGGAGUUCACGAAGCGGGUGCGUGCCAAAAUCACGGCACUCGACGAGGGCCAGUCCUUCUUGUUCGGCCGCGACUGGCUGUGCACUGCAGAGGAGGCGCUCCUCCUGCUGAAGCCGUUGAAGCGAAGUGACAUCGUCCAGCAGGUAGCGGAAACACUCGGCAUCUGGUCAUUGCCUUCUCCCGCAUUGAUCGAUGUUCGUGAGAUGCUGAAGUUUCGGCCAGGACUCGGAGGCAGCCAGGACCCAAGGAUGGCGCAGUACAGCUUGCAGCCUGUCAUGGAAUUGCCACAAGACGGUCUGAAGGUUGACAAGGGCGGUGAUUCGGGCAGCAUCUUGGUUGUGAACCUCACGGCGUUCACAAAAAGCACCGAGGAGAAGCUCAAGGAGAUUCCCAUCCACGCCAGUGAGGAGUUUCCGACAUCGCUUUCCGAGCUAGAGCGUGGAGUCGUCAAGACUCUGGCGCAGCGCAUGGGGUUUGCCGUCAGUGUGGAGAAGAAGGGUGCCCUCUUCCAGAUCACGGUUUUCAACGUCACGGGUCAUUUCGUGAAAGACAUGCAGCGGCAGCUCCGAGAGCUCGAGGAGGGCCAGGGCAUGCGAUUGUCCAAGGAGCUCUCCGACGAGGAGCGGCGCCUGGUGAAGGCCAUGGCCGAAGCGAUGGGCUAUGCAGUCACCGAGACCGCCGCAGGCAUCGAGGUGACCAAUCUUUCGACCUAUGCAAAGCAGAUUCGCGAAGAUCUCUCUCAGCUUGGUGUGGGAGAAACGCAGAGGAUCCAGCUUUCAAGCGCCACGGACGAGCAGCAGGUAAUCCUUCAAAGGGUGGCUGGGGAGCUCGGUCUGGAUUGGGAGGAGGAGGGAACUCGGCGACAGAGGAUUGCCACCGUGGGGAACAUGGUGAAUUUGGUGGACGAGAUGAGGGAGAAACUCUCCGACAAUACCUCUUCAGGCACGGUGCUGUCGUUCAUCCUGCCCCCGACAGAAUCACAGCGCGAAGCAUUUUUCAACAUGGCGCAGAACUAUGGCUUCGAGUGCAUCGGCAAAGAAGACACGGAAAAAGGCGUCCGAGCCUUUCUCCGGCGACUGUCUUUCGAACGCAGCUCGCUUGCUGCAAGGCGGCGUCGCAACAGCAUAUCUGCAACGGCAAGCACGCCGAAGGGAGACGGACAGUUCGGCCUGGGCGAGACAGAGCCGCAGGGGCAGCAGGAGUCGCAUCGGCUUUUGGAGGAGGAUCAGGAGGAGAGCGGGCUUGAGGAAGACUCCGAGGAAGAGGUAAAGCCACAGCUGGAAGAGGAGGACGAGAGCGUCGAGGAGGACUCCCCGGAACCUUCCGAGUUGAAAGAAGACGACAUGAGUGAGCUGCUGCUAAUGCGCGGACUACAGUCAGGCGAGGAUCACCUCAUUCCCAGAGUGUUCCGCCGCUAUGCUUCGGGCAACUGGCGCGGUAAAGUGUUGUUUCUGCGAUACGGAGAUGUGAAAGACUUCGCAGAGGACCUCAAGUAUGUCACACCCAACGUGGACACUCGGCUGUACCGCUUCACAGGCAUGUUCGAAUAUCUCUUCGAAGACACGCUACAGCUUCAAAUUGACAUGGGUGUCCGAGUCGGUCAAGGUCUGACAAUUGAAUGGUUCCAAAUCUUUCUACAGAAGGUCAUCGCCCGACUGGGAAAGCAGUUCGUGCCGGUGCUCUUCCAGCUCCUGGACGAGUGA